CCGAGCGCAGCCGAGCGCAGCCGAGCCGGGCCGAGCCGGGCCGGGCCGGGCCCAGGAGCGCGCGGGCUAUGCGGGCUGCCAGGCCGGGGUCGGCGGGCCCCUGAACCCGGCGCCCCGGGCCAGCGAGGAGCCCCGCCGCGGCCGCGCGCCCGAGGCGACCGGCCCGCCAUGGCCGGGGUCAGCUACACGGCGCCCUGGUGGGUGACCCUCCUGCACCGGCUGCCGCACUUGAACCUGCGCUGGGAGACCACCAGCAGCCAGUUCCGACCCGAGGACACCGACUACCAGCAGGCGCUGCUGCUGCUGGGCGCCGCCGCGCUGGCCUGCCUGGCCCUGGACCUCCUCUUCCUGCUCUUCUACUCCUUCUGGCUGUGCUGCCGCCGGCGCAAGAACGAGGAGCACCGGGACGCCGACUGCUGCUGCACCGCCUGGUGCGUCAUCAUCGCCACGCUGGUGUGCAGCGCCGGCAUCGCCGUGGGCUUCUAUGGCAACGGGGAGACUAGCGACGGCGUCCAUCGGGCCACCUACUCGCUCCGCCACGCCAACCGCACCGUGGCAGGGGUCCAGGACCGCGUGUGGGACACGGCCGCCGCCCUGAACCGCUCCGCGGAGCCCAGCCUGCAGAGCCUGGAGCGGCAGCUGGCCGCGCGGCCCGAGCCCCUGCGGGCGGUGCAGCGGCUGCAGGGCCUGCUGGACACGCUGCUGGGCUCCACAGCUGCCAUCCCCUUCUGGAGGAACCCAGCGGUGUCACUGGAGACGCUGGCGGAGCAGGUCGACCUCUAUGACUGGUACAGGUGGCUGGGCUACUUGGGCCUGCUCCUGCUCGACGUCGCCAUCUGCCUGCUCGUGCUGGUCGGCCUCAUCCGCAGCUCCAAGGGCAUCCUGGUCGGGGUCUGUCUGCUGGGGGUCCUGGCCCUGGUCAUCAGCUGGGGCGCGCUGGGCGUGGAGCUGGCCGCAUCUGUGGGCUCCAGCGACUUCUGUGUGGACCCUGACACCUAUGUGACCAGGAUGGUGGAGGAGCACUCGGUGCUGAGUGGGGACACCCUGCAGUACUACCUGGCCUGCGCGCCCCGCGCCGCCAACCCCUUCCAGCAGAAGCUGUCGGGCAGCCACAAGGCGCUGGUGGAGAUGCAAGACAUCGUGGCCGAGCUGCUGAAGACCGUCCCCCGGGAGGCCCCGGCCACCAAGGACCCUCUGCUACGUGUCCAGGAGGUGCUGAACGGCACGGAGGUGAACCUGCAGCACCUCACGGCCCUGGUGGACUGCCGCAGCCUGCACCUGGACUACGUGCAGGCGCUGACUGGCUUCUGCUACGACGGCGUCGAGGGCCUCAUCUACCUGGCGCUCUUCUCCUUCGUCACGGCGCUCAUGUUCAGCUCCGUCGUCUGCAGCGUCCCGCACACCUGGCAGCAGAAGAGAGGCCCCGACGAGGACGGGGAGGAGGAGGCCGCCCCGGGGCCGAGGCAGGCGCACGACAGCCUCUACCGCGUCCACAUGCCCAGCCUGUACAGCUGUGGCAGCAGCUACGGCAGCGAGGCCAGCAUCCCGGCCGCCGCCCACACCGUCAGCAACGCCCCGGUCACCGAGUACAUGAGCCAGAAUGCCAACUUCCAGAACCCCCGCUGCGAGAACACCCCCCUCAUCGGGCGCGAGUCCCCACCACCCUCACGGUAUCUGGCCGCCCUGGACUCUGGCAGCCACACGGGCUGGCAGUUUAAGCCCCUGGACAGUGCCCGAGCGCGGUGGUGGCCGUGCCCUCAGAGCGACAGUACACGUCCAGCAUGAGAGCCAAGUACCUCGCCACGAGCCAGCCUCGCCCCGACUCCAGCGGCAGCGGCCACUAGACCGCCAGGCCAGCCACCGCCCCUCGUGCCAAUCGCCCUGCUCCGCCCCAGGCCAGCACUGCCGCUUCCACCUGCCACGAGGCCGCCCGCCAGGCCCUCCCCUCCCCUCCCCUCCCCGCAGGGCCCCCGGGCCGUGCCCUGUCCCUGGGCCUCAUGCCUGUGCACCUGGGAGCGCUGCCAAGGGACCCCGGGCCCCGGCCCCGGCCCCACGCCCUCUGCCCUCCCAGGGCUCCGAUUCCGGGCCACAGCCGGCCACAGGCCCUCGGACCCUGCAGCCUCCACCCCGCAGCGCCCGCCUUCCCUCUGCAGCCCGGUGCCUCGGGCCACCUCGUGCCAGCGCCUCCUCGCUCCUCCCCACCGCGUCUCCCUCCUCUUCUUCCACGCAGCAGGCCCCUCCCACCCGUGGGCAGAGGCCUCCGGAGCGCCCGCCUUCUCUGCCUCCUGCCCAACAAUGCUUUCUCCCGCAGCGCCCGCAGCGCCCGGCCCUCCACGCGGCAGGAGGGCACUGGGCCCAGGCCGCUCACCCAGUGCUGGCCGCCUUCUUGGUGCCAAACCCCCUCCUUCCCCCUCCAGACGUGGCAGCUCGUCCCGGCUCGCUCUGGCACUAACCAGACUCGUCCUCCCUGGGGCAGGUGGGCCCGGGGCCGCCGGCGAGCACCCUCCCCUGCCCCCUUUCUGUUCAGGACAGGUGCAGCGUCCCGGAGCCUGGGCUCGGGGCCGGACCCGAGCCGCCUGUGAAUGAGCCCCAGCCCCUACCGCCCCCUGGGACUAACCACUAACCUCACCCCGGCCACCCGCCGCUCCCCCGGCCAGGCUGGCGCGCGGGACCCCGAGUCCAGGACAGCCAGCCGGAGUCCGGCCGGAGCCGCUGGUUCUUGUUGGGGUGCAGCUGCGGGGGGCACCGACCCGCGGGCAGCCCAAGGCCCUGGAGAGCCCUCCCCAGGCCGCGGGUGCCCCAGGAGGACUGUGGGCUGCAGGACCGGAGUCUCUGUGGCCUCGGUCUCCCUACCUGUGAAGUGGGAGCAAGACCUCCCUUGGGUGCUUUUGGCUUUAGUGUACAAUGUUUGCUGUUUCCGGCUGCGGAGGGGCCAACCCCAAGUCGGGACCGGACGUCCCCUGCCAGCCCCAGCCCUGGCCUGGCCAUCCUCCCACGGAGAGGCUGGGUGCAGGCUGCGGCCUGUGUGAGGCCCCAGCCUGUCCGCAGAGGGAGCCAGGCAGCUGGCCAGGCAGUUUACAGACGCAUGGGCGCGAGCUCCCCGAGCAGCGGCAGCACCCCUUCCCCGGGACCAGCUGGGGAGAGGCCGCCCUCCCUUCCUCUCUCCCUCCGGGACCUUCUGUCUUUGUGCUGGUGUCUGGGACCAAAAGGGCAGGACUAGGCCACAUCUGCCCUACCCGGGGUCGGCCCCUACCCCGGAAAGGGAGGGCGUGAGUGGACUCACACUUGGGCCCCUGGCAUGGCUGGACCUCGCUGCGCUGCUGGGCGCUCCAGAUCCCCGGCCACCCACAGCCUGCCUGCCCACUCUGUUCCCUGGGCUCCGCCCACUCUGCUCCCUGGGCUCCGCCCACUCGCUCCCUGGGCUCCGCCCCUUGGCCGGAGCGUCAGGCCUGGGUCUGGAGGGGCCGGUCUUGCGGCGCCUGCCGGCCUCGUGCUCAGCACAGCCCGCCCGGGCUGCCCCGGGCGAAAGAGGACGCCAGAGCGGCCGCCCCGCCCAGACCUGUGCCGACGUGGAGUCCCGCCAUGCGCGUGGCCGCUUGCCCGUGACUCCCCCAGUUGCCCCACUCCCCAAAGCUGAAUAAAGGAAAAGGGAGGAAACAAAAGGGGUGCAAGCCUGACCUUCAGCCAUGGGUGGGGAGACGGGUCCCACAUUGGUUUUACUUCUGUGUUUGGGGCCCCUUCCUAGCCGUCCCCCAUCCCAUCCCACGGACCCCUCCCCCUCCCCCCUCCCCAGCGGGCCUUGGGCCCUCGGGUCCUGCGGCAUCUUGGGGGGUGGGUCCUCGGCCAUGCGCGGGGCAGGGAGCCUACGAAGCCCACAGGCUGAGCCCCGCUGGGCUGGGUGGGCUGGCGGCGGGGCCCCGGAGGCCUGGUUGGGAGCCCCCGGCCCUCCCCCAGCCACACCCGCCCCAUCUCACUAUGCAAUUCCAGUCCGAGCACCAGGCCCCCCACCCAGCACCCUGCCCAGCCCGGGGGGUGGGGGCGGCAGCCCCACGGGGCCCAGUGGGGGGUUGGGGGAGGUUUUUGUUUAGCCACAUGGUCGUGUUCGCUACACAUAAUCUAUAUCGAUACAGUUAUGUUGAGACUCCAACCCUCCUGGUCCCCUCCCGCGGUCCCCUCCCUCCCGAUUUAAUAUCCAACCCCACUGGGGACGGAGGCCUGAGCCACGGGUCACUGACCUCUGACCUCUGACCUCCCCAGGGCCAUGGCUGGAUGUGCUGUCGCUGUGUUUGUUUGUUUUUUAUUUCUUUCUUUCUUUUUCUUUUUUUCCCAAACUGGGCUUGGG